AGAAAUUAUUUAUCCGCCCUAAGAGGGUUAAUCGUCCCAGCAAUUGUUGAAACUAUGGCACCCUUAGCAGAAAAAGUUGUCCCAAAAAUAAAUGAAGUAGAAGAAGGAAUAAGAGCUGUAUUGCUGGGUCCACCAGGAUCGGGUAAAGGAACACAGGCUCCAUUGCUUAAGGAUAAAUACUGUGUCUGUCAUCUCUCAACUGGAGAUAUGCUGAGAGCUGAAGUACAAUCUGGAUCAUCCUUGGGGAAGAGAAUUCAGCAAGUAAUAGAUGAAGGCAAACUAGUUAAUGAUGAUCUUGUUGUGAACAUGAUUGACAAGAACUUGGAUAAGCCAGAGUGUCAGAAUGGUUUCCUUCUUGAUGGCUUCCCAAGAACUGUAGUCCAAGCUGAAAAGUUGGACGACUUGCUUGAAAAGCGCAACACUCAACUUGAUGCGGUAAUUGAAUUCAGGAUUGAUGAUAGUCUUCUCUUCAGAAGAAUUACUGGUCGUCUGAUCCACUCUGCCAGUGGAAGAUCAUAUCAUGAGGAGUUCAAACCUCCUAAGAAGCCAAUGACCGAUGAUGUUACUGGUGAACCGUUAAUCAGACGAUCGGAUGACAAUAUCGAGGCUCUUAAAAAGCGUUUAGCUACUUAUCACACCCAAACCAAGCCUCUUGUCGAUUACUACCAAAUAAGACAUAUUCAUCACCAUGUAGAUGCAGCACAGGCAGCCGAUGCCAUAUUCGCUAACAUCGACUCUAUUUUCCAAAGAAAAAGAGCAGCCCAUAAACUGUAAAAAUACAGAUAUUUUCUGUUCCUCUUUUUUGCAUUUGCAUUUUACACUUCAAGUUACGUAUUGUUUAUAUUUUUGUAACCCUUUGUAAAUUUUGGUAAUUAUUAAUUUAUUUUUCUAAUCUUUAUUUGAAAAUAGAUUCAUCAUUAUUGAAUUGUUAUUAGAAUUUAAAUAAAAUCAGAUUAUUU